UGCAGGAGGGAAGAAAGAAAAAGCCAUGCUCCUGCUAAAGAAGAAGCGUUACCAAGAGCAACUUCUAGAUAAAACGGACAACCAGAUCAGCAACUUGGAGCGGAUGGUCCAGGAUAUUGAGUUCACCCAGAUCGAAAUGAAGGUCAUUGAGGGCCUGAAGAUAGGCAACGAGUGUCUGAACAAAAUGCACCAGGUUAUGUCAAUAGAAGAAGUAGAACGAAUAAUCGGUGAAACCCAAGAUGCUGUGGAGUACCAGAGGCAAAUAGAUGAGAUACUGGCUGGUGGCCUGACUGAGGAAGAUGAAGAUGCCAUUCUAGAAGAAUUAAACACUAUUACUCAGGAACAGAUGGAGCUUCCAGAGGUUCCUUCUGAGCCGCUGCCGGAACAGAUCCCAGGUACGUUUCCUCUGUACUCUGCAGCUUUGGCUUCUUGUACUCAGUUCCGUGCAAUAGGCUGAGAGCCUCUCCUCUCGUAAGUAUUGUCCUGGCAGAUGUGGAGGAACAUAAAGUUUGGGGUGUGAAGCCCCAUUGAUCGGGCUACACAAGCUUCCCUCGCGCAGCUCUGACAAAUCCAGCUGACCCUUCACCCUAUGAGGACCCAAGGCUCCUUGCUCAGUCAGCAUCAGGCCUUUCCUGGGAGAUUUCCAUUUUGUGACAUCUGCUGUUGUUAAGUCACACUUUGAGACCACCAGCUGCCGUGCACGGCCCAGCGUAUGUUCCAGUGGGAAGCUCAUCCUUGGCUCCCUGCUUGGCCCAGGCAGGACACACAACGCCUCAGGUGAUCCCCU